GAAGAUCCCGCCUUGGUCCGCUGGGCCUAUGCUAGGACACAGAACGUCUACCCCACUUUCCGCCCGACGCCUAAGACGUCCUUUCUAGGGGCUGUUUUUGCCAUAGGCCCUCUCCUCUUCUGUGCUGCGGUCUUCAAACUGGACAGGGAUCGUAAAGAGAGGCUUAUCCGAGAAGGUAAAUACGAGCGACCGUUCAGCGUGUUUUAA